CCUCCAGAUUGUGCGCUCAUUCUUCCCCAGCCUUGUCGGGCCAUGUCUUCCUUCAAACGAAAAUCUGCAAAGCACUCGGGGACGCUACCAGGCACUAGACCGUCCCCCGGGUCAGUGGCAACAUUGCUCACGUCGACUGGAAUACCAUCGCUGGAUGAUGUCCUUGGAGGUGGACUACCGUUAUCUUGUUCUCUUCUCGUCGCCGCACCAGACCCGCAUUCUUCCUAUGGUGAACUGGUGCAGAAGUAUUUCAUUGUCCAGGGACUCGUGUCAUCUCAAGACGUCUUGCUCAUUGAUGAUAACCCGUUGGAUUUUGUGAAGGGGUGUAUGUGGACGACUUCCGAUCUGAACUGCAAGGUUUUUGGCGAAGAAGAGGAGGAACGAUCGGAUGAAAGAAUCAAGAUUGCAUGGAGAUAUGAGAGUAUGAAACAAUUCCAGACCACCGUCGGUCAAUCGAUCGCAAAUACAGAGAACUUUUGUCGUGCAUUUGAUCUGACGUCUCGCAUACCAGAUUCAGUCAUUCAGCGAGCACUUUAUUCCAAGCAAUUGGAAGUGUGCGAUGUUACUUCGUUUCAAUCUACAGCACUCGUUCUAAGCGAAGUCGUGUCUCGUAUUGAGCAGAUCUUAGCAUCGAGAAGUAAAACAACACCGCUGAGGAUCUGCCUUCCGGCCCUUGGGUCUCCGGGCUGGGGUGACUCAUCUUCAGAGGAUUUACUCCAUUUUCUCCGGCGCACUAGAAUGCUUGUUCGUCGACAUACCAACGCCUGCCUAUCGAUUAGUCUUCCGCCACAUUUGUCUGUAGAAGAUUGGAGUGGACGAGGCUGGAUAGAAAAAAUCGGAUGGUCCACAGAUGCGCUUAUAACAUUGGCAGCUUUCACAGCAAAUCCUUCUAUGACCUCCCUAUUUCCUUCUCAUCAUGGUUUGGUCCACAUACACACUCUUCCCGCCCCGUUUACGUUUCUGCCACCCAGCGACAAGUUCUCGUUAUUGCGUGGACUCUCAGCAGCCGCAGACUCGUCAGGUAGUGGCGAAAACAAUCUCGCUUUCAAGUGCACGCGAAAACGAUUUAUCAUCGAAACAAUGCACCUUGAUUUAGAGGGAGGGAUUUCUGAACGCCGGACGAAUCCAAGCAGCACAGCUCGAGAGUUCACAGGCACGAAAUUAAUUGAAACCUCCGGAGAACGCGCAGGCGUUCCCAAAGCUGGACUUGCUAAUGUUGAAGUGGAGUUGGAGGAAGAGAAGGUCCGUGCGGAACAAAGUACCAAUCCGACGGCGCCGGUAAGCGGUAAAGGAUCUACCCAAGGGCAAGCCAUGACAGAAACGGGCGUACCGUCGCGAAGGAAAGUCAACAAGCCAAAGAAAAAGGUCGGAUUUCAGACAGAUCGACCGGAUGUAUACGAUUUUUGA